CUGGAAGCGGGUGCGCCGCGCUCGGCCUUCCCCGGCUGCGCGUGCCCCGGCGGAGGCGUUCCGCGGCGGGGAUGCUGCGGAUGGCGGGCGGGACGGGCCUCGGUGGCGUCGGGGCGGCGCUGGAGAACGCGAACCCGCUGGUCUUCCGGCGGCAGGGCGAGCGGGCCGUGACGCCGCGCGAGGAGGACGAGGCCUUGCCGGACGCCAUCGACGGCAGGGAGGUCUUCGACCUCAUCCGGGCCAUCUCCGAUCCGGAGCACCCGCUGACUUUGGAGGAGCUCAACGUGGUCGAGGAGGCGCGCGUCAAGGCCAAUGAUGCCAACAGCACUGUCUCAGUGGCCUUCACGCCUACUAUCCCGCACUGCAGCAUGGCCACCCUGAUUGGCCUGUCCAUCAAGGUCAAGCUCAUCCGCUCCCUGCCCGAAAGGUUCAAGGUGGACGUCCACAUCACGCAAGGGACACAUGCCUCGGAGCACGCAGUAAACAAGCAAUUAGCUGACAAGGAAAGAGUGGCAGCCGCCUUGGAGAACAGCCACUUGCUGGAAGUGGUCAACCAGUGCCUCUCCGGGCGGUCCUGAUGCGUCUGGCGGAAGAGUCCCAUUCGCAGCAGCAGCAGCAGCUCUGGCUAGAUGUGCCUCAGAUGAUUGACAUUCUUUCACUCGUUCUUUGCUUUUGUACGGAAGACACACCAUUAAAAUUUGUGCUUCAUGA